UCUGCUUCAUUGGCAUUUCCACUAGUUGUAAUUAUUUCUGAUAAGAAUCUUGAAAAUACAUUAAAUUAUGGCCUUGAACGAGUUUGGGCAAUUGGAUACAUGAAGAGCUCACGCCGGGUUGUGAUUGGUUAUGAUGAAGGAACUAUUAUGGUAAAACUUGGCCGGAAAGUACCUAUUGCAAGUAUGGACAAUGGUGGAAAGAUAAUAUGGGCUAAGCAUAAUGAAAUUCAAACAGUAAACAUCAAAAGUGUGGGAGCAGACUUUGAGGUUACUGAUGGAGAGAGAUUGCCUUUAGCUGUUAAAGAGAUGGGAACUUGUGAUCUUUAUCCUCAAGUAAGUUAUUUUACAUCUGCGUUUGAAUUCUCUGUAUAUUAUUUCAGAACCUCUCAAGAACUUUUCUUAGGUUCUUGGCCCCAUUUUUCUGCUACUGUUAUGUUUUAUUCUAAGUCAAUGAAGUUGUUGAGUCUGAGUUCAAUUCCCAAUUAUAGUUUCUUGUAG